AGUCCUAGUCGUGGUUCUAGGAGGUUCAACCAGCGUCCAGCGACCACUGCCUGUGUCGUGUCGUGUGUAGUUAGUUUUCCACUUCCGUGCAUCCCCAGUGUGUCCCCGAAACUCCUUUUCGAAGCUCGAACGCGUGAUCUUAGCUCAAAAUGAAGCCAUUCUUUAUUGCCGCAGCACUGCUGGUCUCCACGGUGUCCGCCUCCUGGCACGGAGCCGUCUCCACACAGUACCAGCACCUGGACCCGCACAGCCACACCUACUCCUACGGAUACGCCGAUCCCAACUCACAGAAGCACGAGACGCGCGGCCAUGAUGGCACCACACACGGCUCCUACUCCUACGUGGAUGGCCAUGGCCAUGUGCAGUCGGUGUCCUACACCGCUGAUCCCCACCAUGGCUUCAAUGCCGUGGGCACCAACCUGCCGCAGGCACCUCAGGCCCACGCCGCCCCCGUCUACGCUGCCGCCCACUCCCACGGCUCCUACGCGCCCUACGCCCACGGACCCAUCCACAUCCCGGUGCUGACCCACGGCGGAGUGCCCGUCGAUACGCCCGAGGUGCAGCAUGCCAAGGCCGCCCAUGCCGCCGCCCACGCUGCUGCUGCCCACAAUGCCGGUGGACACCACCUGUACAAGCGCUCCAUCUACGGAGGAGGAUGGGCCUAUGGCCAGGCCGCCCAUGUCCCACUGACCCAUGGAGGUGUGCCCGUUGAUACUCCUGAUGUGCAGGCUGCCAAGGCUGAGCACUAUGCCGCCCAUGCCAAGGCCCUGGGAGCCGUGGCCCAUGCCCAUGGAGCUCCUGUCGAGACGCCCGAGGUGCAGCACGCCAAGGCCGCUCACUUUGCCGCCCACGCUGCCGCCCGCUCCGGACAUGCCAUUGCCCCCAUCAAUCACGGCGGCUACCAUGUGCCCGUGAUCCACAACGGAGUGCCCGUGGAUACGCCCGAGGUGCAGCACGCCAAGGCCGCCCACUACGCCGCCCUGUCCCAGGCCUCCGCCCACGGAGGAGCUUCCUCCCAUGGAUCCUGGGAUGAUGGCCGCUACGACGGACGCUGGGAGCAGAGCCACAGCAGCCACAACAGCUACGCCACCGGCUAUGCGCACAAGGGACCCAUCCACAUCCCGGUCAUCCACAACGGAGUGCCCGUGGAGCCCGCCGAGGUGCAGCACGCCCGUGCCGCGCAUCUGAGUGCUGUGGCUGCCGCUGGACACGGCGCUCCGGUCAGCCACGGUGGCUACUAUGGUAGCAAUGGACACGAGGACGAUGGCCAGUACCAUGCGCACUACGACCACUACUAGGGGAUCGAGGGAUCGGCACUUGACCUCCGAUCGACGACGAGCAUCUCUAUACUCUCUGCCUAACCGACUACCGAAGCCAGCGGGGCGUAUGCUCAACUUUGCAUUGCGUAUACGCACGCUAGAGCGACUUUAACGCAGCAUUCCCAACUCUGUAUCUAUCUGUCUGUCUGCCCCUCAAACUAUCUUUCUGUUACAACUAUCUUUCACCACCUGAAAAACUCACACACGAACACGGAAAACUGAAAGCCACUACACACGGGAGAUUGAAGUUCUUCGGAGGAAGACUUCCUUGCCCGCUGGGUUUCCCAGUCACAGCACACACAUCUUCCUACCUAAAACUCUCUGUACUAGACUUUCUCCUACUUUCUCCUUCCUCGAAAAUCUACAUCUUCUUUCUCCCAUCUCACUUCGAUUGAGAAACGCUGUAUGAGUACGUUGUAAAUAACUGUUGUAAUCUUUAUGUAUCUAACCAGAUAUAGAUCUAUAUUUUAUAUGAAACUGCAAACAGACAAAUAAACUGCAAAAAUGUAUUUGAUCACA